AAUGUGUCAAGCGACCAUUUCAAGAAUACAGGUGGUGAAAGCGGCCGUUUGAGCUUCAUUUGAACUAAUUUUGCCUUUGAAAUUCCCGAACCGCACAUUCUCAAGCUACCGUUUGAUACACCGUCAUAGUGCCAAAGUUCAAGUCCGUUUAUUUUAUGCAAAAAUGAUAUGGUCCUCGUGUCAACAUUUCAAAUCAAUGCGGCCGCUGUAAAAAAAAGCAUAGAUGAUUCGAAGGAAAACAAACUUGUAAAGGAUACUUCGAAGUCAGGAUCAAAGAAAGAAGUUCCGGCAAUUAUUGCGUUUGAGAUAGUCGACGAACCUGAACAGAAUGCCACAGGAAAGAGUAAUCCAAAGAGAACUAUUGACUCAUCUUUGGGCUAUGGAUAUCAUGGGCAUUCUAAUUCGUAUGGUCUGCAACAUUCACAGCCUGGCAAAAAAUUUGUUAUUUAUAAAUACUCGCAAGAAGACAUUACCCCAUCGGCGCAGGAUAGUACAUCCGUUCAAUACAGCGAUAUUCAAAAAAGCAUCGGGUAUAAAUUGCAGACAGUCGCCUCUCACUUAGAUAGUAAGCUUCCAUUGACAGGAAAAGCGCCGGCCUCCACAUAUAUUCCACAACAGCCGGUAACACAGUAUUAUAAUCCGAAGAAUACGUUAUAUACGACAUACGACCAACACGGCUUAGGUGGCGUAUCAAACCAAAUUCCUUACGCAAACGCGGGACGUUCCAACCUAGUCCCAGUAAUUAUAUUAAGAGUGUAUUCUAAUCAACUUGAAAAUCCAGGGACAGCGCUGCACACUAAUUUGCCCCAAUCUAGUCCAUACUCGGAUCUGAACAAUAUUAAUCUGCAGGCUUACUUACAGAAUUAUGUACAGCAAUACCUCCAAUCCCAACAGCAAUCCUAUCAACCAGUUUAUAAUCAACAGCAUUACCAGCAAACGUACUCGUAUGUCCCAAAUUAUCAAACUCACUCGAAUCCCUCCACAUAUGCAAACUAUCCCAGUCAACGCCACACGCAAAUUUAUGCUUCACCAAGUCAUCCCCAAACUACUGGCUUGUCCACUUACAAAAGCGUCUCGUAUCCAACUUAUGUGGCGCCUCAACCCGGAUACGCAAACAACGAGCCGAAUGAUGUGCAGUACGUUUACGAUAACAACGUCCAACCACAGUAUUCGUACGUGUAUCAAAAUCCGCAGCAGCAAGAGUAUUACCAAAGCAACAGCCAACAGUACGAGUCCAAUGAAGAUUAUUCGAGCAGUGGAAGUUAUUUACCACCGGAGGAAGCACAAUCUUCAACGAAAACACCCUACAACUACCAUGCGCAUUUGGCAAGAGAAUCGGUCAAAACAAAACGAAGUAAAUUGGAAAAGUCAGUGUCCCAGGAAAAAAAGACGUAGUAGUUGUAAUCUACUCCAAAAAAAAUGUACAUAAAACCUAUAAUGUAAUGGUAUACUCGUACUUACUAGGAAGCCAAAUUGUCGACAUUGCCGGAGGCUUACGGAAAUGCCGUGGAAAAUUUGUUGACUGUGUUAUUGUACCUUGUUUAGAAUGUCAUCAAUAAACUAGAGUUGUUUUUCGUGUAUCUGAUGCAUAAGUGAUGAAAAUUGUCGCAAUUGAGUUCAAAUGGAAAUUAUUAGAAAAAUUUAAAUUUAACAUUUGGUAUUGCACAAAUUAGUGAUCCUUUUAUAGUGAAUGUGUGGUAUUUAUAAAACUGAAGAGGAUUGCAUCAACUUGAAGAAACUUCUAGCCGCUCUUCGCUCCCCUAAUUGCUGUCUUUUGUGAAAUUGACAUUAUUUUGUAUUUAUAUGAUAUAGAUCAGGUAAUAUUUUGAAGUACACUGAAGUUCGGCACUUUUUUUAUAUAAUACAUGAAUCCUUGUUUUUAAGAUUACCUGUAACACUCUAUCCACGAUUCUGUACAAUACACGGAUGUAUACAAAAGGCAACUAUAUCUAAUGUAUUCUAUAAUUGCAUC